CCAAGCUGGAUACCGAUUGCCGAGAUACUCCAACAAUGGUCGCAAUAGCCUGACCACACCAGCCUGAACACAACAUAGUUACGAACUGGUGAACCAAUUCCUGUAAACAUGGCUGCAAUUGACGUCCCACGAGAUCCGACUGAAGAAGAAGCGCUGGCACUCUUCGAGGUAAUUGAGGAGAAAUUUCCGUCGACGACCAUUGGCGAUGAUAAAUGGUAUGUCCUUACGUUCGCUGCCAUGGUUGCAGGCGGCGGUCAUGAAUUCGCUCCGCUCUUGUACAAGGAACUCAUCAAGCGGCCGGAAUACAAAACGUCUGAGCAGCGACAAGCAUUGAUGCGCCGUAUCCGCGAGACUCUACUCAAGCUGGUAUCUGUUGCUGGCGUUUGCAAGCCACUAGACGCAAUCUUUGACAUCGAUGCCAUUACAGCGCCUGAGGACAAGGAUUAUUCAUUCUCGAGAGAGGGGUGGCAGUGCGACGAAGAGAACCGGAAACGCGGAUUCGCGUGGCAGGACAGACUUUACAGACACAACCAAGGUGCUAUCGAUAACGCACUUUCAUCGCAGAAAGACUUCGAUUGGAUCAGCAAAAACAUCAGCUACGGACUUUACCUGUCCGACCAUACCAUUCUCAAUGAUGUAGAAACUGAGCUCACAGUACUCGGCGGUAUUAUGAUUCAGAAUCUGCCUCGUGAGACAGGUUGGCAUUUGAGAGGUACCAGAAGGAUUGGAGUGAGCAAAGAAGACGUUGAGACCAUACAACAAUGUAUUGAACUGAUAGGCAAGUUCUGUGGCCUGAAGCUACAUAAGGUGCCCAGAGUCGCAGACAUAGAACACGAGGUGUGACGGAAUAGAUGCAGUUUCAGAGCUC